AUGUUGGAUCCGUCGUCGAGCGAUGAAGACUCGGAAAAUGACUAUGAAGACGAGACAGAUUCGCUGUCGGCACCAAGUCAAAGUGGGACUCGAAUAUGUGCAUCCAGCAGCGACAGUUUGCAAGCAAACAACUCCGUGCAACCCAACACAGGGCACCGGCAGUCGGUGGUUCGCCCCGCCAGCCCUAGCCCGUCGCUUAUCAGCGAGAAAGAACGCAAGGAAGCAGAGCGUCUUGAAAAGGAAGAAGAAGACCAUAAGAAAAGAUUGCAGCUGUACGUCUUCGUGAUGAGAUGCAUUGCUUAUCCUUUCAAUGCCAAGCAACCGACGGAUAUGAUGAGGAGGCAAACAAAAGUAACCAAACCCCAGCUGCAGACAAUCAAAGAGAGAUUCCAAGCAUUUAUAAACGGUGAAACUCAAAUCGUCGCAGACGAAGCAUUUUGCAAUGCCGUUCAGAGUUAUUACGAAGUUUUCUUGAAGAGCGAUCGAGUGUUGAAGAUGGUCUUGAGCGGGGGAUGUUCUUCCCAUGACUUUCGAGAGGUGUUCAAGAAUAACGUUGAGAAGCGGGUGCGGAGUUUGCCCGAGAUCGACGGUUUGAGCAAAGAAACUGUUUUAAGUUCAUGGAUGGCCAAGUUUGACGCUAUCUACAGAGGAGAAGAAGAUCCAAGGAAACAGCCACAGAGAUUGUCGACGUCUGCUGCAUCUGAGCUCAUUCUUAGCAAGGAGCAGCUCUAUGAGAUGUUUCAAAAUAUCCUUGGGGUCAAGAAGUUUGAGCAUCAAUUACUAUUCAAUGCAUGUCAGGUAGGUUGA